CUGUUUGACCGCCUCCGCACAGAACGGCCGUAUUUUGCUACUCAGCUGCGACCAGUAUGCGGAGACAUGUUGCUGCCAAAUCUUGGAUUGUCUGCGUCGGAUUGCCAGAUGUUGAAACAGAAUGUCCAUGUUGUGUUUCACAGUGCAGCUACCAUCCGCUUCGAUGAGCCGCUUCGAGUGGCUGUGGAAAUGAAUGUGGUGGCUGUCCGUAAAAUGCUAGUCUUGUGUCGGACUUUCCGCCACUUAGAGGCACUUGUGCAUGUAUCCACUGCCUAUGCCAACUGUGAUCGACCCUACAUUGAGGAAACAGUUUACCCACCUCCCGUGGAACCCCAGAAGAUCAUUGAUGUCUUGGAGUGGAUGGACGAUGAAAUACUGGAACUGUUCACACCUAAACUGAUGGGGGAGAAACCCAACACUUACACCUACACCAAACAGUUGGCCGAACACCUGCUGGUGACAGAGGGUUCGGACCUGCCCAUAGCCAUUGUCAGACCCUCCAUUGUGGGGGCUGCUUGGAAAGAGCCAUUUCCUGGCUGGAUUGACAACUACAAUGGUCCUAGUGGUAUUUACAUUGCUGCAGGGCGAGGCCUGUUGCGCUCCAUGAAAGGAGAGUCCAAGGCCUCAGCGGACAUUGUGCCAGUUGACAUCCCUGUUAACAUCAUGAUCACCGUGGCUUGGUACACAGCCAUUGCCAAGCCAAAGAAUAUCCUCAUCUACCAUGCAACAACAGGCGGUGCCAAACCAUUCACUUGGGGAGAUAUCAGUGAUGUGGUGAACAAAUCAUUCAAGCACACACCACUUGAAGGAUGCUUCCGACGACCUAAUGUUGCCAUUGUCAGCAACAACUUCCUUCAUGAAUACUGGACAUGUGUCAGUCACCUGUUUCCUGCCUACAUCUGUGACAUUGCCUUCAGGCUCAUGGGGAAGAGGCCAAGAAUGGUGAGGCUGUACCACAAACUCCAUCGCUCCAUCGACUGCCUCAAGUUCUUCACUCUCAAUGAGUGGCAUUGGGCCAACUCCAACCAGUAUAUGCUCCGGCAGCAGUUGUCACAGGCAGACCAGAAGAUUUUCUACUUCGACCUUCACCCCCUGCACUGGCCAACCUACAUCGAGAACUACUGCCUGGGAGCCAAGAAGUAUGUGCUCAAUGAGGAUGUCUCUGGCCUGCCUGCUGCCAGGGCUCACAUGCGCAAACUGCAGAUCAUCCGCUGGGUGUUCAACUCUGCCGUAGCAAUCAUCCUGUGGCGGGUGCUCAUUGCCAAGUCACAGUUUGCCCGCAAUUUGUGGUUCUUCAUCGUCGGCCUGGUGUUUAAGUUUGUCCAGUAUUUCCGGAUUACCAGCACCAUGCAUAAAUCUUGA